AUGCAGUCCGGACACAAAGAGGAAGAGAUCGCGGUCUCGACGUCGACGCCAUCCCCGGCGAACGAGCCCGCUAAUGCACCCCGAUUUCUUCUCUUUGGUCUUUUUCGCGAGACGCCCGUCGGAGACGCCGCCGCCCCUCCUCCAGAUGGAGGUCUGCAGGCCUGGACGCAGGUCCUGAUGGCGCAUCUGGUCCUGUUCUGCACCUGGGGAUUCAUCAACUCGUUUGGAUUCUUCCAGGCCUACUACGAGCAGACGAUGCAUGUGAGCCACUCGCAGGUCUCCUGGAUCGUGUCCAUCCAGGUCUUUCUGCUCAGCUUCAUUGGCAGCUUUUCCGGUCGUCUGAUGGACGCAGGCUACUACCGGUACUGCUUGAUUGGCGGCUUCACCUUCCAGACGCUGGGCAUCUUCAUGGUCUCGCUCUGUCAGCGCUACUGGCAGGUGUUUCUCGCCCAGGGCAUCUGCUGCGGCAUCGGCGACGGUCUCCUGUUCUGCCCGACCAACGCCCUCGUGGCCACCUACUUUGUCAAACGGCGCUCCCUGGCGCUGGGGAUCGUACUGGCGGGCUCGAGCACGGGAGGUCUCAUCUUCCCACUCAUGGUGCAGCAGCUCCUCCCCAAGAUCGGAUUCGCCUGGACCGUGCGCUGCGUGGGUUUCGUCGUGCUCUUCUGCUUUGCCGUGUGUCUCAGUCUGGCGCGCGUCCGUCUUCCCAAGCGACAGGGAGGCCCGUUGGUCGAGCUCCGUGCGUUCCACGAGACCCCAUACUCGCUGUUUGUCGUGGGGAUCUUCCUGUCGCUCUGGGCCGUGUACUUCAGCUACUUCUACAUCGACACGUUUGCACUCAAUGUGAUUGGCACGUCUGAGACCGAGUCGCUCAGCAUGCUCUAUAUCAUCAACGGCGUCGGUAUCCCCGGCCGCAUCAUCCCCGCCCUGUUCGCGGACCGAUUCUUCGGCAUCCUCAACACGUACGUCGUGCUGGGGCUCCUUGCGGGGGUCCUGCUGUACUGCUGGAUGGCGGUGCACACCUACGGUGGCAUGAUUGCCUUUGUGGUCUGCUAUGGACUGAUCGGCGGGGGUGUGCAGGGCACGGCGUUGUCUUCGCUCCCCACACUGACCACCGACCUGAGUAAGAUGGGCGUGCGCAGCGGCAUGGUACUCUCGAUUGUGGCCUUUGCUUGUCUUACUGGUCCGCCAUUGGCGGGUGCUCUGAUUGAGCGCGGCGGGGGAUCGUACACCUACGCUUGUGCGUGGGGAGGGACAUCGUUAAUCCUGGGGUCGGGUUUUGUGAUCGCUGCUCGUCUGUCGAUGGGACGCAGCUGA